AAAAAGAAACAUUUCCUAGGGUUUGGGCUUUCACCUGGUUGAGAUAUGUUUUGUUCUCUGUGCGGACUAAAAUUUUCUCACCAAGAUUUGAUCUUUAAUCUUCCCCUGGUGAGUGGUGAGACUGUUCAUGAGUUAAUCCUCCUAAUCACGCCUUCUCUCUCUCUCUCGCUCUCUCUCUCUCUCACACACACACACACACACACACACACGCACGCACACACACACGCUCUUGGCAGCUACUGAUCAAUUUCUUAACGCGGAACUCGAUCCAUUAUUUGAUUGCCUUCACUUACAUCCUUGGUCCCUUUGUCGCUCUGCAGCUCAAGGAGACGCAGCUUGCAAGGCAAAAGAAAGAAGAAAGCACGAAACCAAAGCAAUGAGGUAAUUCUUUAGAUGUCAGGGCACACGGUCGCACUUCCUAUGCCCUAAUAUCGAAAGUUUGUUCUGCGUUCUUUGUCGAUAUUGCUUCAUUUCGUCAAUAGUUCGAAACCCACGAGCAGAAGUUAUUAGAAUAGGAACCAAACGAAGUUAAUGGCAGGAUGGCCAAUUUUGACAAAUGGGUCUGCUUUAGAUUGUGUGGAGAUUAUUCGGACAUUUCGGAGCAUUGGGUUUUGCCUUGAUAUUGAUUCUUCGGUUGAAGGCGGUACAGGUAAUUGCUAUGACAAGCUUCGAUGCUUGUUUGAUCAGAUUCUUUCGGUUUUUUUGAAAGAAGUUGUUCGUAAAGAAUGUAUUCGGCCUAGUCCGGUAAUGCUUGGCGAUGGUCGGGCUGUGGACUUGUUCAAAUUGUUUUGGGAUGCGAGGAAAAGAGGUGGAUAUGAUUCUGUAUCAAAGAAUAAUGAGUGGGCUUUGUUGUUGGAGGAUUGUGGAUUGGAUCUUGGAGUUGGGGCAUCAGUAAGAUUGAUUUAUUAUAAGUAUUUGUUUCAGUUAGAUCAAUGGUUAAGACACUAUAGUGAUAAGAGUUUAGGGAAUGGGCAGUGUACAUAUGGUAGGAGUUUGGGUGUGUUCUCUUUGGGGUUGAAGACAGAGUCCCGAGAUUUUUUAACUGAUGGGGUAGGUUGUAAGCCAAAAAAUGAUAAACUCAUUCGUUUGGAACCCGUUAAAAUUCACAGGAGCAUCGAUGAUUUAGAUACUCAGAAGAGUAAAAUGCACAUGUUGGCCUUGGGAAACAUGUGCAAGAUGCAGUGCGGUGAUGGAAAAAGUCCUAAUGAUGAUGAUGAAAAAAUUUGUGAUGACAGUGAUGAUGUAGUGAUCUUGGAACCAACUGUUGCUAUGAAAAAUCUCUCUUCUCGGAAGAGAAAACGAGAUUCUUUAUCAGGAAUGCUGAACUGGAUCAUCCAGACGGCAAAGCAUCCCACUGACCCACCUAUUGGGAUGCUGGAAGAUCCAGCGUGCAAGGGUCAGGGAAGAAAGGAAUUCUGGGCCCAGGCUCUUUUGGCACGGGAUGCUCUGUUGCUGAAGAGGCAUGUUGAUUCAAAUGCGGAACGGUCUCUUAUGCAGAAGAAGCUGAAGAUGCACCCCUCCAUGUAUGAGGAUAGUAUUGUCCAACAUCGGCAGUCUAGAGAGGGACUAAGAUGCAGCAAAAGGCUUCCUUUGCUAGAGAAAUGUCACUCAUGCUCUUGUUGCAAGCCAUGCUCAGCCACUGAAAGUGCAUCAACAAGUCCUUGCAAGGCAGAAUUGGAGAAUUCUCCUAAUGAAGAAGCACCUGUGACUGUUGAGCUAUUGGCUACAAAAGCAAUAGCUCGUUCAUUUGAUGAUGAUCCCCUCAGACAGCAGGUUUUUGUGGGUCAUCUCUUUCAAGCUGAAGUUCCAGAAUGGACUGGUGAGGUUUUUGCGAGUGACUCUAAGUGGUUGGGCACCAGAUUUUGGCCUAUGGAAACUCAAAGGCAUGAUGCUAAAAAUGAAAUAGAUCCCAUUGGGAAGGGUAGGCAAGAUACAUGUGGCUGUCAACUUCCAGGUUCAGUCAACUGCAUUAGAUUUCACAUUGCUGAGAAGAGGAUGAAGCUAAAGCUUGAACUUCAUGUGGCAUUCUAUCACUUGGGAUUUGGUCGUAUGGGCGAGGAAGUAUCACUUUCCUGGACAUUGGAAGAAGAAAAGAGGUUUAAGGAUAUGGUGAGGUUAAAUUCCCUUUCCUUAGAUGAGAAAUGGUUUUGGGAUAAUGCAUUUCAGUGGUUUCCUGGGAAGACUAGGGAAAACUUGGUGAGCUACUACUUCAAUGUUUUUCUUGUCCGUCGAAGAAGUUAUCAGAACCGGGUGAACCCAAAAAAUAUUGACAGUGAUGAUGAAUCGGAGUUUGGAUCUCUUGGUGAUGGUUUUGGACUUGAAGCAAUCGAGGUUGCUGGUUCCAAAUCUCUGAUAUGUUCUGAGAAUAGGCAGUGCACUGACUGGGAAUAGCACAAGAACGCAGAUCCCUGUUUCCUCAGACUUUGGGCCUACAAUGAUUCUUUUUUCAUUUGCUGCUUCUGUUAUUUUUUUGUUGGGUUAAGCAUGGCAAGAGCAGCAAUACUUUGAAGAGACUUUGCCCCCAUGGCGGUGGAAUUAGACUGCUUGAUCUUGUCAACCUAGAGGUGGGUUGAAACAGUGGAAUUUGGUGAAAUUUUUUUGUUGCUACUUUGUAAAUCUUGUCGUAGCUGGAUUGUGAAUACCCUCGGCAUAUGCAGGUAGUGUCCCUCCGGAUCUAUGGUGAUGUGAGAGGGAGAGAGAUGCUCAGUUUUGUCAUUAGAAAUUUGAUUCUCUCUUUUAACAUGUCAAUAUAAUAUUUUCUAUAUUAGUUA